AUGGCCUUCACGUUCGCUGCCUUCUGCUACAUGCUGUCUCUGGUCCUGUGCGCUGCGCUCAUCUUCUUCGCUAUAUGGCAUCUCAAGCAGCCAAUGGGUGAGAAGAACCGCCGAACCGCGGACGAAAAGGGCAACUGCGCCUUCUUCCUCAGCGGGACCGCCGGCCGCAGCAAGCCGCCCCCUUUAAGGAGCCGAAUAAUUGCCUUUGAUGAAUUAAGAACAGACUUCAAAAGCCCGAUAGAUCAAUGUAACCCUGCACAUGCGCGGGAACGCCUUAGAAAUAUUGAAAGAAUUUGCUUUCUGCUCCGAAAGCUGGUGCUCCCAGAAUACUCCAUCCACAGCCUGUUCUGUAUUAUGUUCCUCUGUGCGGAGGAAUGGCUGACACUUGGGUUGAACGCGCCUCUGCUUUUCUAUCACAUAUGGAGGUAUUUCCACUGCCCGGCAGACAGCUCCGAGCUGGCGUACGACCCGCCAGUAGUGAUGAACGCCAGCACGCUAAGCUACUGCCAGAAAGAAGCCUGGUGCAAACUGGCCUUUUAUCUGCUCUCUUUUUUCUAUUAUCUUUACUGCAUGAUUUAUACCCUAAUGAGCUCCUAAGGAGCUGGAACCAAAAGACGAAACGUGAUCAUGGAUAUGGCUGGAUCCACAAGGAGACAGAAAGUUCCAUGGAACCUCCGGUCAGCAGACUAUUAUCGUAUGGUGGAAAUAAAGGAAUCCAAGAUGGACUAACACGGGUAUUAUGAAAAAGACAAUGAGCGGCACGCGUGACAGAGAAUAUCAGCGCACCGGCGACGUCCGCUCGCUUCCUUCUAUAUGAACAGCAUAUUCUAUUAUCUCGCAGAUAAGGGGAGCGCGGAGAUUUAAUAACGAAUCAGCCAACAUGCAGUUGGAAUCAAGCAGCCAUCAUUACUAUAGGCCUUUUAUAAUUCCAGAGGCUGGCUGAGAGUUAUCAGAGUCAUUUUCCACAACAGCUGCUGUGUAGGUUUCUUUUUCUUUUUACUAAUCCAAGAACACAAGCAAUAGUCAUGAUUGGACCAAAAGUAACUCGUUAUCAGACGUUAAUUGCGAACAAAUUGGGCAUCAAAACGGACCGAGAGACUGUAUUAUUUUUUACGUUGGUUUGUUUGCUUGUUUCUCCAAGGUCUACAUUUCAGUGCUUGCUUAUCGGCCUUGCAGCGAAGGGGAACAGUAAAUGAAAGGGUUAAAGAUACUGUAUCAUCCAACGCACUUGUUUCGUCAUCUGUAGAAAUGAGUGUGGAGAUUAAUCAUAGGCUGCAGGCGAUGUAGUUACGCUGUUUGUUAUGGAUCAGCAAAUAUAGCUGCAUUAAAUCUUCGCAGACUCCA